AUGUCCGCCUCAGGUCCAACCUCGUUGAUAUCGACGGGCGGUGAUGAAUCGUUUGAUUUUCUGUUCAAAAUCGUCCUCAUCGGAGACUGUGGCACCGGCAAGACCUGCAUCGUGCAGCGGUUCAAAUCGGGCAACUUUAUCGAAAGCCACGGCAACACGAUCGGGGUCGACUUUUCGAUGAAAGCGGUCUCGGUGGAUGGGAAGAAGGUGAAGCUACAGAUAUGGGACACGGCCGGGCAGGAACGGUUCCGGACCAUCACGCAGAGCUAUUACCGAUCGGCUAACGGUGUUUUAAUUGUGUACGACAUCACCAAACGAUCGACCUUCCUCAGUCUGCAGCGAUGGAUCGACGAGGUGCGCCGGUAUACCGCCUCCAAUGUGAUGAUCUUCGUGAUAGGCAACAAAUCCGACCUGGACGAGGAGCGGGAGGUGGAGUUUUCCGAAGCCGAAAACCUGUGUCAGUACAUCCCGGAGGUGAUGUUCGUGAUGGAAACGUCCGCCAAAGACAAUCGCUGCGUGGACGACGCAUUCAUGACGCUAGCAACGGAACUGAAGCGGCGCCACGAUGGCUUGAAUGCGGCCGAAGAGGAAGAAGGCAUUACGCUCGGUCAGAGCAAAAGCUUAUCAACCAAUACGUGCAACUCGCUGUGCAAUUUAACGUGAAGCGGUGCACCGAGCACUGCUGAUGAUACCUGGCCAAAGCGUAAAAGGACCAUUUGCGAACGCGACUGUUGGACAGUUCUAAUUUGUGAACAACUUAUUGCCCUCUCCCCAUUAUUGCACAAGCCCGAUCGGUUUGCGGUACGCCACGGUUAAAAUGCCAUCGUUCUAAGCAAUUCGAGAAACGCGCAAAAAAAAGGUUGCGUUUUAGUACGUAAGGUACUCGAAUUAAGGUGAAAUGUUUUAAAACUUCUUCGUAACACUUCAUCCUAUUCUUUCUUAAAGUCUUUUGCAUCAUCAAAUGACGCAUAGAUGCAGGUUUCUUUUCCCGCUGUACAUACGUUUGGCAUGGUGCAAACAUGUGUUAACUAAUUUGUAGUUAUACUAUAACGAACCCGAUUCUCGAACAACAAAAAGUGAGCUCCCGUAGUGAAUGUGAAAUGCGUGUAGAAUUAGAGGAGAUUGCAUAUUUUAUACCUGAAACUAUUUAUUGAGUUGAGCCAAACCUCGAAAGGAACUAUUUUUAAAAUCGAAACAGAAAAAAAAGUUGUUGUAAAUAUAACGCUAUUUUAACAUUUGCCCCACCACUCGGUAGAGAGUGGUUUGCAGCGAA